GUCGACGCGUCGAGAAAACAAGUUAUUCACUCUAUUAUCCCACUUAUUGUUUAAAUUUGUUAAUUUGUCUUUCGAAAACGUCAGUUUAAACUGUGACCCAUAAAAUACAGCAGCUUUGCUUAUUCUUAGUUUGAAUUAUAGUUUAAUUUCCAGUUGUUAAAUUGCACUUACAAUUUUAUAACUGUCCAUCGAUAAAUUCACGACAAGAUUUCGGUAGCUAACUAUUUACGUUACAUCUAUCGAGACCAUUAUUAUAAAACUAGAAGAUUUGUACACAUGGCUAACAUUUAAAUUAUUUUUGCUGAAAUUUGCAGAAAAAAAAAUAAUAAAAAAUGGUCCAUAUUUCCAAAAUGGAAGACUUUCUUAACAUUCACAAAGAUCAGUUAGUGUCCUCGGGGAUUCCAAAAUACUUGUGGAGAACUUUAUAUAUAAAAUUAAUGAAUGAAACUUUUGAUGCCAGCUCCGCUUUUGAUUUAUUACGAAUUGAAGAUGAUAGCGAUGGGGGAGAAGACGUUAUCCAAUCAAGAUUAAUUCUUCAAGCAACAAGAAAUAUAAAAACUACAGAAUCUGAACAUAUAUAUCUCAUUGAUCACGCAUGGACCUACAGAAUCCAAGAUGCAAGAAAUCAACUUUUAUCGCACACCGGUCUUAGAGAAAGACUUUGCGACGUAUUUGGUUUGGAUACCAGUCAAGAUAAACAUGAAAUCGUCGAUCAACUCUUCAAUCUUAUGUGGAAAAUAAAUAAUUAUUACUCCAUUCGUAAUACUGUUAAUGUGGAAGAUAGUUUGCCAGUUUGGUAUAUAAUGGAUGAAGUCGGGACUGCUGUAACACAUAGUGAUAAACCAAAUUGUAGAAUUGUACCUUUUGUGUAUAUAAAUGAAAAAAUUACGUAUUCAUUACUAUUUCCUAUAACAGAUAUCGAAGAAGAUGAUAUAAUAUGUAGAGAUUAUGCGGAAGGUGUACAAGAUUCAAGUAGAAAAGAAGCUAUUUUAUUACCAUGGGUACAUAAAUCGUUUGAAGAUUUUAGUAUAAUCCCUCCGGUACCUUCAAAAGAAUAUUUUCUUAGUGGUCAUAGUGAAGAAAGUUUACCAAAUCUAGAUAAUUUACAAAAUAAAAAAAAUGUAAGUGAUGUCUUGAAAGUGUAUUCUCAGUAUAGCUUAGUUACUUCACAUUUACAUAGCAAUAGAUUUCAAAUAGUAGAUAAUGAAGAUGAUGCUGAUAUUAUGUGGUUUACGGAGCAUUUUAAAGAUUUUAAUAAGUUAAGUGAAACCCCUCACAAAUUUAUUAAUCAAUUUCCAUUCGAAUACGUUUUAACAGUAAAAGAUCUGUUAUGUAUAACUUGUAGAAGAAAAACCGAUCAAAACUGGUUACCAAUAACUUACAAUUUAUUAACAGAACUUCCAAACUUUUUAAGCUACUACCAAAAAAGGGAAACGGACGGUAUGGAAAACUAUUGGAUAGUAAAACCUUACAAUCUUGCCAGAAGCUUAGAUAUGCAUAUAACAGAUAAUUUAGAUUAUAUUUUAAGAGUUUCUAUAACAGGUCCGAAAAUAGUUCAAAAAUAUAUAACAAAUCCAGUGUUAUUUUACAGACCUGAAUGUGAAGGCACUGUUAAAUUCGAUAUUAGGUACGUUAUAUUACUCAAAAGUGUAGAACCGCUUCAAUGUUUUGUUUACAAAAACUUCUUUCUAAGAUUUGCAAAUAAACCUUUCGAGUUGAACGAAUUUGAAGAUUAUGAAAAGCAUUUUACUGUUAUGAACUAUACUGAAAACGUUCAAUUGAAACACAUGAAAUGUAACGAUUUCAUAUUAAAUUGGAAAAUUCAAUAUCCAGAUAAUGAUUGGAACAAAGUGGAACAAUCCAUAUUUAAAAUGUUGAAGGAAGUAUUAGAAUGUGCUAUUAGUGAAAAACCUCCUUGUGGAAUAGCACACAGUCCUCAAUCGAGGUCUCUGUAUGCUGUUGAUCUUAUGUUGGAGUGGACGGAAGACAAAGAAAUUCAGCCGAAAAUUUUAGAAGUUAACUUCGUUCCUGAUUGUGCUAGGGCCUGCGACUACUACCCAGAUUUUUAUGAUGAUAUUUUUGGGGUUUUAUUUUUGGAUCGUAAAUGUGAUACUAUAUUACCUUUAUAAAUUAUAUUUUGUUUCAUAAAUAUUAACAUUUUUUUGAGAUACAUGUUGUGUUUUUCUUAAAUCAUCCUAUUUGUGUAAUUUUUUUAUUUAGAUAUUUGUUUUUGAGGUAGAUUCAUGAAAAAAAAAACUUUCUGACAUAUUUAAAAUAAAUUUCCUUUAAAUCUCUUUAGUUUUUUUCUCAUAUUGAUGAAGUUCUUUUGAGAGAAUGCUGUUCUAUUUGAAUUUUCAAAUCUCUUCAGGGCAUUUAUCAAUCUUGUUGAUUGAUUUCCUCUGCUUUCUACAGCUUUUUAUCACAUUGAAGUUUUAAAUUUCUUCAGGUCUUCUGAGAUCAUUUCAGGUUGCUACUCCAGUAUUUAAUUCAUCAAACUAUUUCUUCUUAGCCUUUAAUCGACACUAUUACAUGAAAACUAAAGAUUUUGAAAUGUUUUAUUGCAAAAUUAACAAUAAAAUUCAAAGUUUC